AUGCCAAGUCAAGCUCAACAAAACGAGGCCCGAGCAUUGCUCGGUUUCCUUAAAGACGACCUAGAAGCGAAGAAACCCGAUCUCAGGCGACUGGAGGAGACACUUUCCAAUCUUAAACUCCUAGGACGAGAUGUGGGAAAUGUCGCCGAAAUUUACGACCAGGCUGGAUUGGAAGUCCUGGCAAGCUAUGCCUUUGGCAACUAUCCUCCCGGUGGACGUCAGGAAGCAAUGAGAUGCAUCGCAAAUGCUCUCCUGUUGCUCCCUCGAACACAUCCAUUUGCACUCAAACUCGGGCUAGCCGCAAAAGCAGCGGAUGCUCUGCGAGAUGCGAAUCAGGAUGAUGAAUUUCUCCUGAGCCGCAUCCUGUUUUUACUGACCUAUGACCCCGAGAUUGACCUGAAUACGCUGAUUGUUGUGCAUGGCCUUGCCGACAGCAUCGUCAAACAUCUUCACCGGCAUGCUGAAGCCCUCAGAAGUUCGAAAGCCAGGUUCAUUCAGACCCCUACGCCAGCACUCCAGGAGAAUCUUGUGCUACUUUUCAACGUGACAAGCGCCAAAAGUGUUCAACUUCAAAAGUUCAGUCCGGCCGUUGUUGAGUUGUUCCGGAUACUUAAUGACUCCGACAUCCCAUCCCCGCCGCUGCAGCCACCCAUAAGUCUCGUCAUCAAUGCACUGGCAAAUCUUGAGCUCGAUGAGGAGACCUUCAAACAGGGACGUGAGGUUGAAUCAGGAGUGGCCAAGUUGAUCACAAUCCUUGAACAAGCACUCGAGAAGUAUCCGACCGCGGAGUUGGACACAAUUGCGGUUCCGUUGCUGACUGCGCUGAGAAAUGUCAAUGAGAAGGCAGGCCCUGAACUGCGGCAAAUAAUGAAGGCACGUCUUCUUCCAGAGGACAAGGAGAGAGAUCUGCCUCUUGGGAAAUCGUCAUCUCUGGCGUCUCGGUUGCUUCGACUGACGACAUCUUCCGGACUGCUGAUCUUGACCGAAGCCAUCUCCGGACUCAUGUUCGAGCUGUCGGAUAAAGAUGCCAAUCAAUAUGUCAAGAACGUUGGUUAUGGCUACGCUGCUGGGUAUUUGAUGACCCACAACAUCCAGGUACCAGAAAGCGCGAAGAACACUCAGUGGGCAGGCGAAGCAUCCACGCACGUUCCCAUCAACCCAGUCACCGGCCAACGGAUAGACAAGGAAGCAGCAGAUAGCUUACCAAAGAUGACAGAUGAAGAAAAAGAGCGAGAAGCGGAACGACUGUUUGUACUCUUUGAAAGGCUGAAGUCGACCGGAGUUGUCGACGUAAAGAAUCCUGUGGAGCAGGCAAGGGAUGAAGGCCGAUUCGAAGAGCUGAGUGAUUCAGACACGGGUGCAAGUGAAUGA